UUCUCGACCUCACCUCAACACCGAGACAUCUCCUCUCGUGCCAUCUACUGCAGAGAAACCGAUUGCACCGCUAUCACCGCCGUGUUCUGCCGCCCACUUCUCGACCGACGAUACAACUACCGGCUUGCCAUCGGAAGACUUAGCCGUAGCUUCCUCCCAACACCUUUGUUGACCGAUCGCUUCAAGAGAGCUACCAAGGACCAGAUCGCAAGACUUGUACUCCGUGCGACAGCUAUUAUCUGAAGAAGAUCGAGCAAGAGCUCCGAACAACACCUCCGAGUGAACAGCCCAGCGAUCGCUGAGCCCUCCAAACCGUCAACAUGUCCGGCGAAGCGUGGUUAUUCCUCCUUGCCGUCCUCCUCAAUGCCGUCAACCUGUUCCUCCAAGUUUUCUUCACCAUCAUGUACUCCGACCUCGAAUGCGACUACAUCAACCCAAUCGACCUGUGCAACCGCCUCAACAUGUACAUCAUCCCCGAAGCCGGACUCCACGCGUUCCUCACGAUUCUGUUCCUCAUCAACGGAUACUGGCUGCCGUUGAUCUUGAACUUGCCGCUGUUGGGAUGGAAUGCGAAAAAGAUCUUCGAGAACCAGCACCUCCUCGACGCCACCGAGAUCUUCCGCAAGCUGAACGUGCAUAAGAAGGAGUCGUUCGUCAAGCUUGGCUUCCAUCUCAUCAUGUUCUUCUUCUACCUCUACUCGAUGAUCGUUGCGCUGAUUCGAGACGAAAGUGGUCCGGUCAAGAACGCGCGCUUGCCGCAAUAG